AUGCCUUUAAGAAAUGCAGAAAGCGUACUUCCUAUGGCGUUCCAUAACUUAAUGAAUUUGACAUAUGAUCAUUCAUUAAUUGAUAUAGCAUUCUUGGUUUCCGAUUGUUCUCCAGAUGAUCGUACUUUGGAGACCGUUUUUGAAUAUUCUGUGGCUUUGCAAAAUGGUACUUUAUUAAACAAACUACAACUCGGUGAACGUCAGAGACACGCGAAUGUAAUUAAAGGAUCAUCUGAUUUGUACCAAUUAUACAUGGAUCCAGAUUAUAUGAAUAAUAUUAAAAAGUCCUAUAAUCCCGAAACAUUCCACGAAAAUUAUCAUAAGCCGUUCAGAUCAAUAUCCAUUUUCAGGAAAGAUUUUGGUCAAGUAAUAGGACAGGGUUUCAGUGAUAGACAUGCUGUAAAAGUUCAAGGAAUUCGUAGGAAAUUGAUGGGGAGGGCCAGAAAUUGGUUGACUUCUAAUGCAUUGAAAUCAUACCACUCAUGGGUUUACUGGAGAGACGUAGAUAUUGAAACUUGCCCGGGUUCAGUUAUUCAAGAUUUAAUGAAACAUGACUACGAUGUGAUGGUGCCAAAUGUUUGGAGGCCAUUACCAACAUUCCUAGGUAAUGAACAGCCGUAUGAUUUGAAUUCCUGGGUUGAAUCUGAAGCUGCGGUAGAAUUGGCAAAAUCCUUAGAUGAAGAAGAUGUUAUUGUGGAAGGUUAUGCUGAAUACCCAACUUGGCGAGUACAUCUAGCGUAUAUUAGAGAUCCAAAUGGGGAUCCAAAUGAAAUAAUUGACAUUGACGGUGUGGGUGGUGUUUCUAUAUUAGCAAGAGCUCGAAUUUUCAGGCAGGGUGUUCAUUUCCCAGCAUUUACAUUUUUAAACCAUGCUGAAACCGAGGCGUUUGGUAAAAUGGCCAAAUCUAUGGGAUUCAGAGUUGGUGGUUUACCACACUAUACUAUUUGGCAUAUUUAUGAACCUAGUGAAGACGACUUGCGAGAAAUUGCUAAAAUGGAGAGGAAGAAGAGGAGACAAAAAGGUAAAUGA